CGCCACGGAGAACGGACGAGCAAGUGCGCACGCGCAGCGCAUACGCUGCUUUAUACGAAGUUUCUGGAUAUCUGGGCGCAACACAAAAUAUUGAUUACGUUUGACAACUCUGAGACUCCCCCUAGCUGGAGAGAGAUAUUGUGCUGUGAAGAUGUCUGUGUCUUCGCUCUACCUCAACCAAGACACCAUGGUGCGCUUCAAGAGGAGAAAGGCACGUUUCUCCUUCAGUGAAGUGCACAUCCUGCUGGACGAAGUGCGGAAGAACCGCCACAUUGUUGUGGGUAAGUUUAACGCCGGCGUUCCCUCUGACGUGAGGCGCAGGAAAUGGGCUGAGAUCACGGCACGUAUUAAUGAGAUUGGAGAGUGUGAUAGAGAGAUCAUGGAGGUGAUUAAGAAAUGGUCUGAUCUUAAGUGCGACACGAAACGUAAAGUGGCUGCCCUGCGGACCGGUGUUUCGGUGUCCCUGAGAUUGGCACGGUCCAAUAUUGAAUUGUCCCCGAUGGAAGUCAUUGUGGAAUCCAUUCUUGAACUGGACAAGAGACCGUGGGAAGCUACACAGCGGUCCAGAUCUCGCAGUCAUGGUGACGAUCAAGAGGCUGUGUGUGAGGAUGAGGAAGAGGAGGAUGGAGGGUUUGUGGGGAUGGGGUCGGUCAACAGUUCCCCGAGCAGAGGACUGGAUGUGGGAGGAAUGCCUGCUACUACAAGUGGAUCUGGGGUUGCAAGUGAGGUGUGGUAUGACAACUCCAAAACUGGAGAUCUUGAAUCCCACUCAGAUGAGGACAACCGUGACCUCUUCCCAACAUCCUCUAUGGCAUCUGUCACUAACUCGUACUCUGAGGAGGAUGGAAUUGCAACUAGAGGCAGUAGUGGACAUGUUUCCUCCACAGCCACCGCUUCUAAUAAAAGACCCUCGUCUUUCUCAGGGCUGGAGGCAGACAGUUCACGUGAGCAGUUAGUGCACAAUGCAAGCGUCAGCGUACAGGAGCAGCACACCACCAACACUAUUCUUGCCACAGUCUCCCGUUCACUUGAGCUCCUUGCGGAGUCAGUUCAGCAGCUAGCAGAGACUCAACAGGAGUUUGCACGAGAAUCACUGCAGCUACAGAGGGACACUGUGGAAGUGUUGCGAGAUUUUGCCUCCGGUGUGCUAACGAUACUGCAUGAAAAGGUCAACGGCAAACCUGCAUUGUGAAAUAUGUGUUUUGCCAUCAAAUGAUGACCAACAAGCAACACAGUGUGUGAUGCAUCGUUGAUACGAUACUGUAACCAGGCUGCAAAUAUUGUGUGAUCUAAACUAACACAACUUCUCACUGGAACCUUGCUGACCAUCACAAGGUUCAGUGUCAGGAUGUCAGAAUACUGCAAUUAAGUGCAAAUGCAAAGACGACUAUUUGAGAAGAUGCUUUUGUAGUUUUCAAAAAUGCAAAGAUGAUAACAAUUGUACCUACUCUCCGUUUAUCAAUAGGACACACUUAGGGUUUUCGAUUUUAGUCAAUGGCAAACAAUAGUGAGACCACAAAGGGAUUUUAUUUGUGCCUGUAGUAAUAUCAUCUUUCACAUCAAAAUAUAGCUUUUUUUUUUGCAUUCACCACAUCAUCACAUAGGAACUGUUGAGAUGAACCUGCUGUGGGGUGAUUUAUGUAUUUAUUCAUUUUAUUUAACAUUUGUCAACAAGUUAAAAGGGAUAGUUUUAAUUUUUUUAUAUUUAUUAACUCUGUAAGAGAUGAUGUUAUUAACUUUGACAGACAGGAAAUAUUUUAUAUGCACUUUAUGCAGUCACAUAAUUAAUGGUGUUGUUUAAGGACAACUGAAACUUUUCUAAAUUAUGGUUUGAGGCAUCUGGAUCUGAUUAAAAUAGGUCUCAGAAUUUGUCUAGUAGGACAUUCUUUUCCAGUGGAACUUUAUAAAUUUAUUAUUUUCUUAUGCUUGUGUACAUUGAUUUAGGAUAGCAGGACAAACAUCUUCAGGAACUAAAUUUCAUGUGACAAGCUGUUAAUGCUGUUGUUUUGUCACUAGAGGGCAGUGUGUCUUUAAUUUACACACAAAAUAGUCAUGAACAUUCUUCUGCACUUGUUUCUUCAAAGUCUCUGAGUUUUCCAGCAGUGAGUUUUGUGUGCUUGUGUGUGUGUAUGUUUGGUUUCUGAAUGAAAACAGCUCCUUAUGUGAGCUAGAUAUUUCAAUAAAUUUUAACUUAAAGGUUGAUCUAAAAGUU